AUGAACGCCAACGAGGUCAUCUCCAACCGCGCUAUCGAGAUCUUGGGCGGUACCAUGGGUUCCAAGAAGCCUGUCCACCCCAACGACCACGUCAACAUGUCUGCUUCGUCCAACGACACCUUCCCUACUGCCAUGCACAUUGCCGCCGUUCUCGAGAUCGAGGAGGAGCUCCUCCCUGCCCUGCGCAGCCUCAAGGACGCCAUGUACAAGAAGCAGCAGGCUUUCGAGAAGAUCAUCAAGAUUGGACGUACUCACUUACAGGAUGCCACUCCCUUGACUCUCGGCCAGGAGUUCUCUGGCUACGUCACUCAGCUCGAGUACGGUAUCCUUCGUGUCGAGUCCGCUCUNCCCCGUCUGCGCUACCUCGCCCAGGGUGGUACUGCCGUCGGUACCGGUCUCAACACAUUCAAGGGCUUCGCCGAGGACAUCGCUACUGAGGUCAGCAAGCUCACCGGCCACGAGUUCGUCACUGCUCCCAACAAGUUCGAGGCUCUUGCCGCUCACGACGCCAUUGUUGAGGCUCACGGCCAGCUCAACACCCUGGCCUCCUCCCUCUUCAAGAUCGCUCAGGACAUCCGUUUCCUCGGUUCCGGUCCUCGUUGCGGUCUUGGUGAGCUCAAGCUUCCCGAGAACGAGCCUGGUUCAUCCAUCAUGCCCGGUAAGGUCAACCCUACUCAGUGCGAGUCUUUGACCAUGCUCUGCUGUCAGGUCUUUGGUAACCAGGCCGCCGUCACCUUCGCUGGUUCGCAAGGUAACUUUGAGCUCAACGUUUUUAAGCCUGUCAUGAUCCGCAACCUCCUCCACAGCUCCCGCCUGUUGAGCGACGGUAUGCGCUCCUUCGAGAAGAACUUGGUUGAGGGUCUUGAGGCCGAUGAGAAGAGAAUCGAUGCUCUUCUCCACGAGUCCCUCAUGCUUGUUACCUGCCUUAACCCCGUCAUUGGUUACGACAUGGCCUCCAAGGUCGCAAAGAACGCUCACAAGAAGGGUCUCACCCUCAAAGAGAGUGCUAUGGAGCUCAAGGCUCUGAGCGAGGAGGACUUCGACAAGACUGUCCGUCCCGAGCUCAUGCUUGCUCCCAAGGAGAAGAAAUAA